CAUCGCCUGGAGGCCUUCGUCCAGAUCUCCACAGCCUACUCCAACUGCGUGCUGGAACACAUUCACGAGCAGUUCUAUCCUGAGAAUUUUACCUGCUCCGUGGAUACUGCACUGCAGCUAAAAGAGACACUGAGCGCCGAGCUUUUGGACAAUAUGACGCCUGCCUUACUGGGAAAAUUCCUCAACACAUACAGCUAUACGAAGGGCCUGGCAGAGCAAGUGAUCCAAGGUGAGGCGGGUGACCUACCGGUGUUUAUCUUUCGGCCUGCUAUUAGUAAGUGACUCCUCUUAGCCCAGUGG